AAUGCUAAAAAUCGAUAAAGAAUUAUGAAAUGGAAAUAUAUAAAUAGCAUUCAUGGGGUAGCUGAAGUCAGACAUUCUCCCUUCAAGUGGAAAAAUAAACUGACAUUUGGGUUAUCAUAAAUCUGUAAUUUUAAAUAAAAUAAAUAUAAGAAUUUCUAAUUUCUGCCUAUUUUUGACCCAGGCGGUGGCAGAUUUCCCUCCGCCGGUGCUUGCCCGCAGGAUCCGCUCGGCCGCGACUUUCCUUUACUUUAAUCAGUCCAAUGUCAGGAAUCAAUCCUCGGGCAGUUCCCUCUCCCUCCCUCGGCCGAUUAAUUUCCUCCGAUUUUCCGCCGCCAUGGAAUCACUGGAGGCCAAGCAGGCGGCGGAGGAGAGGAGGAGCUACUGGAGAUGGAGCAAGGAGGACUUCUUCCCGGAGCAGUCGUUCGAGAACCUCGCCUCUUACAGGACCGCCUUCUCCCAGACCGGUUACCGCCUCAAGGAGCGGUUCCUCAGCCGCUCCACCCAGGAGAUGGAGAUGGUGUCGGCCCGGCGGGAGAGCGAGCAUGAGAUGAAGCGCUGCCUCAACUGGUGGGACCUCGUCUGGCUCUGCUUCGGCUCCGUUGUCGGCUCCGGCAUCUUCGUCAUCACCGGCCAGGAGGCCCACGACAAUGCCGGCCCUGCCAUCAUCCUCUCCUACGCCAUUUCCGGUCUAUCUGCACUACUCUCCGUAUUCUGUUACACUGAAUUCUCCGUAGAAAUCCCGGUUGCUGGGGGCUCUUUCUCGUUCCUUCGGAUCGAGCUUGGCGAUUUUGUUGCCUUCAUAACGGCAGGUAACAUCCUGUUGGAGGCAAUAGUGGGGGCUGCGGGGUUAGGCAGGGCUUGGACGUCCUACUUCACGAGCAUGUUCAAUAACAAUCCCGAUUUCUUGAGAAUCUACGUGCCGGGGCUACCGGAAGGUUUCAAUAUGCUUGACCCUUUGGGUAUGGUGGUCAUCUGGAUCGCUAACAGCAUCGCAAUUUACGGAACACGGCAGGCCUCCACUCUGAAUUGGAUCGGUUCCGUGGUAAGUGCUGGACUCAUUGUGUUCAUCACAGUAGUAGCAUUCACGCACGCAAAUACAUCAAAUUUGGUUCCAUUCUUUCCUUUUGGAGCUGGUGGAGUCUUUCGGGCUGCGGCUGUUGUGUACUGGUCAUACACGGGCUUCGACAUGGUGGCAACCUUGGCCGAGGAGACAAAGAAGCCCUCGAGAGACAUACCCAUUGGGCUCGCAGGGUCUAUGUCUCUGAUCACAGUGGUUUACUGUAUAAUGUGUCUAGCACUGACCAUGAUGGUGAAAUAUACGGAGAUAGAUCGGAACGCCGCCUAUUCGGUUGCCUUUGCCAGCAUAGGGAUGAAUUGGGCCAAGUACAUUGUCAGCCUGUGUGCGCUUAAGGGAAUGACUUCGAGCCUGCUCGUCAAUGCUAUGGGCCAAGCCCGGUACAUGACGCAGAUCGCAAGGGCCCACAUGAUCCCGCCGUGGUUCUCUCUUGUACACCCAAAAACCGGGACUCCGAUAUAUGCCACUCUACUGGUAGCAGUUUUCAGCAGCAUCGCGGCCUUCUUCUCUAGCCUUGAUGUUCUCUCGACUGUCUUAUCAUUCAGUACGCUGUUCAUCUUUAUGCUCAUGGCCGUUGCCUUGCUCGUGAGGAGAUACUAUGAUAGGGAUUCCACUCCGACAAAUCAACUUAACAAGCUUAUAGCUUGUCUGGUCGUCAUCAUCACUUCAUGCAUCGGAGGGACCGCAGUUUGGAAUGGGAAAAACGGGCGGUGGCCAGGUUACGUGAUCGCGUGCUCAUGUUGGUUCCUAGGGACUCUAGGCUUACAGCUGCUACCAAAGCAGCGAGCGCCCAAAAAGUGGGGUAUUCCUUUGGUCCCGUGGCUACCCUCUCUGUCAAUAGGGAUGAACCUGUUUCUCCUCGGUUCACUGGGCCCCGAGGCCCUCUGGAGGUUCCUUAUCUGCACUGUGGUGAUGAUAUUAUACUACCUAUUAGUCGGGGUCCAUGCAACAUAUGACGUGGCCCACCCGACCCCUCCAGAAUCGAAAGCAGAAGCAAGGAUGUGACCUGUAGAUUGUAGGAAUGCAUUUUAGACUUUUAGUGGCUCCAUUUGCUCUUUGAACAGUCAAGAUGGUAUAUUCGGUGCUUUGCAUUAUCGAUCGAAGAAUUGUAAUCGAAACUCUGAGUUGUACAACUUUAAAGCCAAGUCGUAAUUCUGUUUCACUACAUUUGCACGUAAAAUGAAUCACUGUAAAUGAAGGUAUCGUUUUCUCGCA